AUGCAGCCGCGGGCGCGCCGGUCACGUCCCCCUUCUCCUGAGGGGGCUCCCGGGCGGCCGGGCCAAUCAGUACGGCCGGCGCUGCGGAGCGCGCGGGCCCCGCCGGUCGGAGCGGCGGCGGCUGCCGGCCCCAGGGUGUCAGAGUGCCCAAGAGAGCAGUGUCCCCCAGCGCUGCCGGAGGAGCAGGCAAGACCCUCCUGCGCUCCUCCCAAGCGCAAAAGGAGAUGUCCCGUCUCCAAGGAGAGAGGUGAGUGCAGAGCUUCCCCCCGGGCACCGGCCAGAGGGGAUUUUGGCCGGUGCCCGGCUGUGCUGCCACAGGCCCCCGCAGCGUCCCAGGGUGCUCCGGCCUCUCCCCCAUCCCCGCUCCCAGCAUUACCCCCACCGGCUCCGCGGCGUGCUGCUGGGGGUGACGGUGCCUCUGUCCCCCGGCAGUGUGCGGGCUGUGCCGGCAGGACAACUAGGUGCCACAUCUGCCAGCUGCCGGGCGCCUCGGUCACCUGCCGGGGCCGGCAGCGCCCUGCCGGGUCCUGCCCCGGCGCUGCCGGCCCUGGCGCUGCCGGCCCUGGCGCUGCCGGCCCUGGCGCUGCCGGCCCUGGCGCUGCCGGCCCUGGCGCUGCCGGCCCUGGCGCUGCCGGCCCUGGCGCUGCCGGCCCUGGCGCUGCCGGCCCUGGCGCUGCCGGCCCUGGCGCUGCCGGCCCUGGCGCUGCCGGCCCUGGCGCUGCCGGCCCUGGCGCUGCCGGCCGGGGCAUCUUCCACUUCCCCUGCGGCAGCAAGCGGGGCUGCGUCUCCCAGUUCUUCGGGGAGUUCAAGUCUUUUUGCUGGAAGCACCGGCCGGUGCAGCGGGUGCGGGCGGUGCAGCAGGACCAGACCCUCUGCCUCAUCUGCCAGGAGGGGGUGGCGGAGCGGCCCUGCUACGACACCCUGGUGUGUCCCGCCUGCACCAGCGCCUGGUUCCACCGUAGCUGCAUCCAGGGACAGGCGCUGCGCUCCGGCCUUCACCACUUUUGCUGCCCACUUUGCAGCAGCAGGGAGCAAUUCCUGGCAGAGAUGUUUCACCUGGGCAUCCGGAUCCCUGACCGGGAUGCUGCCUGGGAGGAGGAGGAUGGGGCCUUUGCAGGCCAUUACUUGCGGCACAGCUCCUGUGAUGCCAACCAGUGCCUGUGCCCAGAGGGACGCGAGCAUGUGGAGGUGAAUGGGUGAGUGCCGGUGGCUGCGGUCCCCGCAGCCCCAGCGAGGAGAUGGCGAUGCCUUCGUCUCCUCCUCUGGGCAGGGAUGGAGCCUCCCUGGGAUAUGG